AUAGCACUGAGAGGCGGCGGAGUAGGCCUCAGUCCGGCGGCAGCCGCGAACCCGCCGCCCAACCUCCCGGGGUGGCUCCGCGAGCCCGGAGGCGGCGGUGCGCGUCCUGCGGGCGUCCGGAGGAGGCGGUGGAGAGCGAGGAGGAGGAGCCUGGGGUGGGGAGGCGGCAAUCGCGGACCGGGUUCCUGCCCGUCGGCCCGGGGUUCCGGUCCAUGGACCGCGGGCGCCGAGUUGCUGCCGGCGGAGGAGCUACCUCUGUGAGGUAAGAGUUACCGCCUCCGUGCGCGCCGGGGUCACGACGCAAGGCGGCCCAGAGCAGCCUGGGAGAUGUAGUCCUCGGACCGUCCGCGCUGGAGGCUGCACAGCCCGCCCGGACCACCGCCGCCGCGCCCGCAGCCGCCCGGCAGGCGCCCUCCCGUUUCCUUCCUCCAGGGGAAAAAUGUCCUUCGGGCCGCUUUCCAGGAAGCAGCAGGAUGUGCCUCUCCACUGUCAGUAGCAACAAGAUGAGAACAUUGAAAAUUGGGAAGAUGAAGUCAUAGCAAAUAAUGGCAUAGCUGACAUUUGAAUCCCAGUAUAUCUGACUUUACUGGAGGAACAGUGUCUGCGCAAACCAUGCAGGAUGAUUUACUGAUGGACAAAAGCAAAACCCAGCCCCAGCCCCAGCAGCAGCGGCAGCAGCAGCAGCAGCAGCAGCAGCAGCAGCCCCAGCCCGAACCCAGCGCAGCCGAAGCCCCGUCCACGCCCCUCUCCUCAGAGACCCCCAAGCCGGAGGACAGCAGCGCAGUGCCGGCCCUCAGCCCCGCCGCGGCCCCGCCGGCCCCCAACGGCCCCGACAAGAUGCAGAUGGAAUCGCCGCUCCUGCCGGGCUUGAGUUUCCACCAGCCUCCUCAGCAGCCGCCGCCGCCGCAGGAGCCCGCGGCGCCAGGCGCGUCGCUGUCGCCGUCCUUCGGCAGCACCUGGUCCACGGCCACGACGAACGCGGUGGAGGACAGCUUCUUCCAGGGGAUCACCCCAGUCAACGGGACCAUGCUAUUCCAGAACUUCCCGCACCAUGUCAACCCAGUCUUCGGAGGCACCUUCUCUCCGCAGAUCGGCCUGGCGCAGACCCAGCACCACCAGCAGCCGCCGCCGCCGGCGCCGCAGCCCGCGCAGCCCGCUCAGCCCCCGCAGGCACAGCCCCCGCAGCAGCGCCGCUCGCCCGCCAGCCCUAGCCAGGCGCCUUACGCGCAGAGGAGUGCCGCCGCGGCGUACGGCCACCAGCCCAUCAUGACCAGCAAGCCGUCCUCGUCCUCGGCUGCAGUAGCCGCCGCGGCCGCGGCCGCCGCUUCGUCCGCCUCGUCCAGCUGGAACACGCACCAGAGUGUGAACGCCGCCUGGAGCGCGCCGUCCAACCCGUGGGGCGGCCUGCCGGCUGGCCGGGACCCUCGCCGGGCGGUCGGCGUGGGCGUGGGCGUGGGUGUCGGCGUCCCCUCACCGCUCAACCCCAUCUCGCCUCUCAAAAAGCCCUUCUCCAGCAAUGUGAUCGCGCCGCCCAAGUUCCCCCGCGCGGCCCCGCUCACCUCCAAGUCCUGGAUGGAGGAUAACGCUUUCCGGACGGAUAAUGGUAACAAUCUGUUGCCAUUUCAGGACCGGAGUAGGCCCUAUGACACUUUUAACUUGCACUCGUUGGAGAACUCCUUAAUGGAUAUGAUAAGGACUGAUCAUGAGCCUCUGAAAGGUAAACACUACCCUCCCAGUGGCCCACCAAUGAGUUUCGCUGAUAUAAUGUGGAGGAAUCAUUUUGCAGGACGCAUGGGAAUAAAUUUCCAUCAUCCAGGAACAGAUAAUAUUAUGGCACUUAACACCAGGAGCUAUGGGCGGAGACGAGGUCGGUCUUCUCUCUUUCCCUUUGAAGAUGCCUUCCUGGAUGACAGUCAUGGUGAUCAAUCCUUGUCAUCUGGCUUGAGUUCUCCCACUCGCUGUCAAAAUGGAGAACGAGUAGAACGUUAUUCCAGAAAGGUGUUUGUUGGAGGCCUUCCUCCUGACAUCGAUGAAGAUGAGAUCACUGCCAGCUUUCGCAGGUUUGGACCUCUCGUCGUAGACUGGCCUCACAAAGCUGAAAGCAAGUCGUAUUUUCCUCCUAAAGGCUAUGCCUUUCUGCUGUUCCAGGAGGAGAGCUCAGUGCAAGCGUUGAUAGAUGCCUGCCUGGAAGAAGACGGGAAACUGUACCUGUGUGUGUCAAGCCCCACCAUCAAGGAUAAACCGGUGCAAAUUCGACCAUGGAACCUAAGUGACAGUGACUUUGUAAUGGAUGGUUCUCAGCCUUUGGACCCCAGAAAAACUAUCUUUGUUGGGGGAGUUCCACGACCCCUUCGAGCUGUUGAAUUGGCAAUGAUCAUGGACCGUUUGUAUGGAGGUGUCUGCUAUGCCGGCAUUGAUACGGACCCAGAGCUGAAGUACCCCAAAGGUGCUGGCCGCGUGGCGUUCUCCAAUCAGCAGAGUUACAUUGCAGCCAUCAGCGCUCGCUUUGUGCAGCUCCAACACAAUGACAUUGACAAACGGGUGGAGGUGAAGCCAUAUGUGCUGGAUGAUCAGAUGUGUGAUGAGUGCCAGGGCACGCGCUGUGGUGGGAAGUUUGCCCCGUUCUUCUGUGCCAACGUCACCUGUCUGCAGUAUUACUGCGAAUACUGCUGGGCGAGCAUACACUCCCGCGCCGGGCGGGAGUUCCACAAACCGCUGGUGAAGGAGGGAGGCGACCGUCCUCGGCACGUCCCGUUCCGCUGGAGCUGAGCCCAGGGCAGACCCAGCCACAAGUACUGGAGUAGAUAACAAGGAGGGAAAAGAGAGGGCACUGCCUCAGGGCUUACAGUGUUCUGGAAAUCUGUGCAUUCGUUCUUGAUUUUUAAAGAAGAAAUGGGUCUUUUUAUUAUUA